AGCCCUGUCAACCAGAUAGCACAUUCGAUAUCACACUUCCCCCACAACGGAUGUUAAAUAUACAGAUGCACUUCUCCGAUGGCACCAGGAGCGGUUGGAUGUUUAAUGUCGCUGACAGUGAAACUAACAAUGGAUGGGGUGGAGAUGGGUCAACUCAAAGUCAUGAUUCUGAAGUCCAAGGAGUAACAAGUAGCAUAGCAGUAUAUGGUGAUGACCAAUGCCCUGAUGGAUCGAUCCGACAUGUCCGAAGUUAUGCCAAUUCCUUAAAUCAUUCGGUGAGUAUGGCGAACCUAUGGAUUAGGAAUAACUAUCUUAAGAUAACAAAUGAUCAUGGUAUGCUGCAUUCCGAGUGCCAUAAAUGUCUCUUCGCUCCUAAUGGACAACCGGACGAUGAAGGUCAAGAAAAUGAAGACAUUUAUAUUGGUGCCAAUAGAGUGGUCGAUGGUGCUUAUCGAGCAGGUGUUGGAUUGUGUUCCAUAAAACUUCGCUGGUUGAAUCAUUAAAUGAGUCCUAAUUCUAUGCAAUUCUUUGAAUUCUUUUGCAUUACAACUAAUGUAGCAAAAACAAUUAAAUGAAUAAAGAUAAUUA